AGGGCAGAGUUCUGUUUGCUAUCCUUGUAUUGUAAGUCCCUGUUGUAAAGUAGCAAAUCAACAUAAUGCAGCACUCAUCAGUAGUAGUGUGACGUAACUAACUAAUCUUUCAGAAAGCCUGUCUGGAUUUAAAUAGAGAUAUUCAUAAUCCCAUUCAGCACUUAGAGGAGUUGUCAGGGGGAGCCAAACCCAAAGAGGGGCCAGCGACAGCACUCAACACAUCGCCAUCACAUUGUCUGGUCAGAGAAAGAAACGCUGAAAGCAUAGAUAACGUGAUACAAGAGAGGAGGGUGGGUGAAAGCCGAAGGAAACUCAAAAACUGCAAACCUGCCCCUUUGACUCUGCUUGGGAAUAUGGGGAACACCAAGAGCGGCGCUUUGUCCAAAGAGAUUCUGGAAGACCUGAAGCUGAACACCAGAUACACCGAGGAAGAGCUCUGUGCAUGGUACGCUACCUUCCUCAAGGAGUGUCCCACCGGACGCAUCACCAAGGAACAGUUCGAGGGCAUCUACGCUAGUUUCUUUCCAGAUGCGGACCCUACCGCUUACGCUCGGCACGUCUUCCGCAGCUUUGACACUAAUGCCGAUGGCACCUUGGACUUUAAGGAGUACAUUGUGGCGCUUCACCUUACCUCAUCAGGCAAGACCAUGCGCAAACUGGAAUGGGCAUUCGCUCUGUACGACGUAGACGGCAACGGGACCAUCAGUAAAAAUGAGGUGCAGGAGAUUGUACGGUCAAUAUUCAACAUGAUUCCCGUUGAAGACCAGAAAAACCUUCCGGAAGAUGAGGACACGCCAGAAAAGCGAGCGGACAAAAUCUGGAACUUUUUCGGAAAGAAAGAAGAUGAUAAGAUUGGAGAGGGGGAAUUCAUUCAGGGCGUCAUGGAAAACAAAGACAUCUUGAGGUUGAUACAGUUCGACGAGCCGAAGAAGAUUCAGGAAAAACUUAAGGAGAAGAAGCAUUAAUGGCCACAUUCCCAUGAGACUGAUUCCUAUUCAUUUGACACUUAACCAACACGAUACAGACUGCUUCUCCAGGCCACACUCUGGAGACAUUCAGACACUCUGUCCAUACACACGUCAAGAGAAAUGAAGCAGACCAAUGUAGAUUUUCUUGUAACACACACAAGUCUUGUUUUCUGGACCAUCA